UACAAUCACACACAUCCUCAGAAUGUGUGGUAUAUCUUGACUGGAAUCCCAGGAAUGGAAGAUUUUCACACCUGGAUCUCCAUCCCUAUCUGUUCUAUGUAUAUCGUGGCUGUCAUAGGCAAUAUCUUCUUGAUCUUCCUUGUCAUGACUGAGCGCAGUCUCCAGGAGCCCAUGUAUCUCUUCCUUUCCAUGCUGGCCUUAGCAGAUGUCCUGCUCUCUACAGCCACAGUCCCCAAGAUGCUGGCCAUCUUCUGGUUCCAUUCCACGUAUAUAUCCUUUUGGAGCUGUGUAUCCCAGAUGUUCUUCAUACAUUUCAUCUUUGUGUCAGAAUCUGCUAUUCUCCUGGCAAUGGCAUUCGACCGCUAUGUGGCCAUUUGUUACCCUCUGAGGUACACCACAAUCUUAACCUCCUCAGUCAUUGGGAAGAUUGGCAUAGCAGCUGUGCUCAGGAGCUUUAUCAUCUGCUUUCCAUUCAUCUUCUUGGUACACCGACUUAUAUAUUGUGGGAGAAACAUCAUUCCCCAUUCCUACUGUGAGCACAUGGGCGUUGCCAGAUUGGCAUGUGAUGAUAUCAAUGUCAACAUCAUUUACGGUUUACUGUCCACAGGAUUGGAUAUAGUGUUCAUUAUCAUGUUGUACACGAUGACCCUUUGCACAGUUUUUCAGAUAGCCUCCUGGACUUCCAGAUUCAAGGCUCUUAACACCUGUGGUUCCCACAUCUGUGUCAUACUUAUGUUCUAUGCCCCAGCAUUCUUUUCAUUUUUUGCCCAUCGCUUUGGCAGUAAAACCAUCCCUCACCACAUCCAUAUCCUAGUAGCCAACCUCUAUGUGGUAGUGCCCCCUAUGCUCAACCCCAUCAUUUAUGGGGUAAAGACCAAACAGAUUCAAGAUCGAGUGAUUUUGCUUUUCACUCCCAUCAGCACAUGUUGGUAA